AUGGUAAAAGCUUGGAAUGAUUGGUUAAGUGGUACUAGUUUUUUAAUAAAGUAUAAACAUUUUUUGCUCAUUUUAUGUCUUGAUGAAAAUAUGUUUGAAGAAAGCGAAAAUUAUUGUCGUUUUAUUGAGAGUCGAAUCCGUUUAGAAUUAAUUUUUACGAUUGAAGAAGAUCAAGAACAAAUAAAAUAUACUCAUGCAACUAGUCAUGAAAAAUGUUUGCCAAAAGAAAUUAAAGAAAAAUAUAGGUAAAUAGAUACAUAUAAGGUGGAGAUAGGAUUGAGAAUUAAUAGACGUUCCCAUCAAGCCAUAGUGUA